GACUGGCGGAUGCAACCUGCCCAGUGAUUAGGCCUGGUACGUGCCGUAUCCUGCGACGAGCUGGACCUGGGGGCAGUGGGGAGAUCCGCCACGUGGGGUCAAGCUGUCGCUCGAGUAGCGGCGGGUGUGUAGCCGUGUGACACGUGGACUAGGGAUGGCGACAGCGGCGACCUCUUCGUCCGUCUGCCACGUGGGCUCGGUGACGGCUGGGGCGGCGCAAUCCGCUGCUUCGCACGACCGGUCGUCGCAGCGAGCCGUUCCGAGGGCAAUGGCAUCGGUCGCGCUCGCCAGAUCAGCUGCCAUUUUUGGCGGGAAUGGCAGUGCCACGUGUUCGGUCCCCGACGUCGCUGCCGUCCUCAAGCGCGGGCAAUCAGCGGCAGCAACUUUCGGGCUGGAUGCGGCUGGCAGCAGCAGCAGCAGCAGCAGCAGGAGGAGGAGGACGAGGGGGGUGAUCGCUGAUGCCAAGUUGAAUCGGACGGAGGAGGAUGACGAGCACAAGUCACAGCUGAUACUGCGCGCCAAUGCUGCCGCAUUGACCGCGGCGACGACCGUUGUGCUUGGCGGAGCGGGGCCUGCCCAUGCAGAAGGAGUGCACAUCGAAGAUCUGCAGGCAGCUAUAGACCAGGUCGUGGAUGUGUCUAAGCAAAUUGCAGAUGGUGCAGCUGUUGGCUAUGAGGUGGCAAAAACACUUUUUGAGAGUGUGCUGGCGGCGCUGAAGCCUGCGGUUGAAGUGGCAGCGCCCGUUGUGCAGCAAGCGACGGACGUCACCAUCAGGGCAGCAGUCCCGGUUGCUGAGUCUCUAGCGGAGGAGGCCCAGAAAGCUCUUGAGCAGGCAGGGAUAGACACACAUCCAGCACUCGAGGCUGCAAAGACAGCUGUGACCGUUGCGGGUGAUGCUACCGAGCAAGUCACGGAGGCUGUGAGAGCAGCACAGCCUUUGGCAGAGUCCACCCUGGAGAAUGUUCUUGCCUCAGAUCCGCUUGUGCUCGUCAUUGGCGCAGGUGCUCUGCUCCUCCUCUAUCUUCUGGCCCCAUCCAUUGCGGGAACUGUCGCAAGUGCCACAAGGGGAUAUACAGUCUAUGCAGUCACUGACAGUCCCUUCAGCGUCCUGGCUAUUGUCAAAAGGUCCUGUGAUACUGCAAAAGCGGUGGCACGAUCACUUUCGACAAUGGGUUUCAGGAAUGUGUAUGUGGUUCAAGGAGGCUUCAGUGGAAGCACGGGGUGGCUGCAGAGCCGUCUAGGGAGCGAGCCAUACUACUUCGGGGAGCCGAUGAUUCUGUCACCAUCUCGCAUCCUCUCUGGGACCAAGCAAAUUCUCACUUCCAAUGGAGGACGCAGUUCAGGCACGACCAGACGCCAAGUAGAUGCUGAAAUUGUUCGCAAACCUCGCCUCUCCUUACCCAGUGCGAGAGAGUAGACAACAACAUGCAUCUAGUAGCUAUUCACCCAUCUAAUCUUCUCUCUCUCUCUCUCUCUCUCUCUCUCUCUCUCUCUCUCUCUCUCUCUCUCUCUCUCUCUCUCUCUCUCUCGAUCUCUCGAUCUAUCUGUCUGUCUGUCUGUCUGUCUGUCUGUCUGUCUAAUCUAUCGAUCUAUCUUUUAUUUUAUUUCUCUUUUUCUAUAUAAUAUCUAUGGCUAUUUUCUACUCGAUAAGAGUCCACUUUUAGCUAUAAUAAUUAUGACUCAUGCUGUGGCAUUUGGUGGUCAUCGCCAUCGUUUAUCAUCAUCAUCAUCAUCAUCAUCAUUGCGAUAAUCACGUAUGGCAAUAGCAGCAGCAGCAGCAGCUGGAUCUCUCUCAAAAGCCCUAUGACAAGGCCUGCAGAAUGUGCGGCGAAGUAUGUGAAUUGGAUAUAACGACUCAUUCAAGUAUAUCACAUACAUCAUGUGAUAUAUCUGGACCUCUUUUGACAAAAAAAAAAAAAGAAAAAAAAAAAAAAAGUAUAUCACAUACAUCAUGUCAUUCCUAGGGAGGGCAUAAGACUUGCUCACGGCUUCGAGGGUCGGAAAAUAGGUGGUACUAUAACCCCUUCUGGGCAGCCAAGGUCCUCCUGGAUGGGGAUAUUGUUAAUCCUGGCUUGUGGAUUAUGGGGGGAAGUUGGGAAACCCUGUGGGUUAUAGACCCCCUCCAGCGAACCGAGGUUCUGGAUGGGGAUUUACAAGGGGUUGAUAACCAAGGGGUUGAUUUGCUUGUUGCAGAUUAGAGGGGAGACGCCGGGUGUUACAUAAUCCCUGCAAUGGGGCCAAGGUCUGGAGCGGGGAUUUAUAUCCCCAUCCAAGGGGGAGAUUUGCUUGCGAAGUAGAAGGCGGAGAAAAAUGAAGGGUUUUAUAACCCCUCCCAGAGCACCAAGUUGUUCUUAGAUGGGGGGCUAUGAUCCUUGCUGUCAGGUGAAAAGGGAAAAAGGGGAAAAGCGGAGGGGCUGGCUACACAAGCCAUCCCCAGGAGACAACGUCUUGGAUGGGGAUUCAUAACCCCCCAAACUGAACCCCUUCUAAAAAAAAGGGCUUCCCCCCUUCCCUCCAGGGGGUUGAAGAACAGCCCUUUUGGCGUGAUGAGGGGUUGUAGCUGCACACAUUAAUUUUGCCAUAGGUGUGAAAUUACCUGGUGCUUGCAUUAGUCAUUGCUGCUGCAGUCGUUGAAUAGACAAGCAAACUUCCUCUUUCUUUUCCAGAGCUAAGGUUCUGAAGUGGUUGGGGGCCUUGAGAUUCUUUAUGUGGUGGUGGUGAGGCGGGGGGGGGAGGGGGAGAGGAUGUAUUUUCCUGUAGGUGAUUGACUUCACUGGCUUGUUGUUUUUACUUCUUUUUCAGAGGGUCUUGCCCCUCCCCCCCCCCCACUUUCUGGACUGGAGGGUGUGAACCGGGUCGGAGUGAGGGCUUGGUGGGGAGAGAGGGGUGACCUAAUGGUGGGAGGAGUUAAGUGAGUAGAUGGGUUAUUCACAGGAUCAGUCCAAUCAGGGAUUCAAGGUUGUGCAGCUGGUCAUCGCCACCUCUAGGCAGGAGUUGUCGGAAAAAGGACUAGGUUCGUCUGUUUUGAAGUUUUGACAAACGGGCUUAGUAGCAGAUGGAGACUGCUUCAAAAAAAAGAAAAAAAAAAAGAAGAGAUGGAUGGAGACGGCUGUACUUUUUUGUGAUCUCGUCUUAUGAUUUGAUUGCCGUCGUGCAUUUGACCUAAUGGUAGUUAAAUUGUUCGGAUUGGAAUUGAAUCUGGGAUUCUGGGAUAUUCACCACCUUUUUUGUGGUACGGGAAAUUUUCACCCAAUGUUAAAGUUCUCUGGUCUC